UUCUGGCUCCUCAGAUACCUCUUCUAAAACUUCUCUCUCUCUCUCUCGUCACUAUUCCACUACUCACACAAUGUGACUUUUCUAUCUUCAAACAAUUGUGGAAACUAGGAACUAUCUCAAAAGCAAUGUGUUACACUCUUCUUUUUCCAAUCCAAUUCCAAUUUCGUGCUCUGCACCAUUACCAUGUUCUGUUUUUCAAAACAGAUUUCAAUUACUCGAUCAGAUUAAGUGUUUGCAUAAAUGGGUUAUAGAGCUGUUUUCUCUCCCAGCAGAGUUCAUGGGCCUCAUUUUCCAAUUUUACACAACCUUACCUUGGAUCAACUGGGUAAUUCAAAUUUAACCAAACCCUUGAAUAAUAUGGAUUUGGUUGAGUUAGUCAAGAAUGAGAUCUCCGCUGAUGAAGAAGGCCAGUCUAUGCAAAACCCAUCUUCUUCUUCCUCUUCUUCUUCUUCUUCAAUCUUUCUAGGGAAUUUGAAUUUGAAUGGGACACUGAGUAGGAAAACUAUGGAUGAGGUCUGGAAGGAAAUUGCUCAUCAAGAGCAUGUCAAUGCCACUGAUGAAAUCAAAUCAGUGCAUCAACAAUUGGCCCUUGGAGAGACAACCAUUGAGGAUAUUUUAGCGCGGGCCGGUGUCAUUAAUACUCAGCCGUUUAUGGGAAUUGAUCCAAUGGUCGUGGUGUCACAGCAGGCAGAUUGGUUCAAGUUUCCGAUGGCUUCUGUUCAUCAUAAUCAUCAUCAUCAGCAGCAGCAACAACAGCAAAUGACAAUGCCAAUACUAUCAGUGGUGGACUCAAAUUUCCAAGUUUCAGAGUUGGAGUUUGAGACCCCGGGUGGUGUGGAUGUUGGUUGUCACUCAGAGAACCAGCUGGGAUUGCCAAUGCCAAUGCCAAUGCCAAUGGUGCCAGCAAGUUGUUCCUUGGAAUCUCAGAUGGGCAUUGAAAGGAAGCGCUCAUUCACAGAUGAGAUGAUGGAGAAGACCAUUGAGAGGAGGCAGAAAAGGAUGAUCAAGAACCGAGAGUCAGCUGCUAGGUCAAGGGCAAGGAAGCAGGCUUACACCAAUCAAUUGGAGCAUGAGGUGUUUCAGUUGAGGAAAACAAAUAGUUGGCUCAAAAAGAAGAAGGAAGUCGAAAUGCUUCUGUCUUCAUCAACCCCCUUCGCCAGAUACCAGCUGCGGCGAUCAAACUCAGCAUCAUUCUAGCCAUCAUCUGUCAAUAACAUCCAGAAUUUUCUUUUCUUUGUUAGUUGGUUGAAAUCGGCAUAAGACUUUUUGUUUUGUCAUGAGCUUUGGUUUUGGUUGUUGUCUUGGAAGUCUAUAUUUUCACACGAUUAACCACUCUGGAUA